AUGAGCUCGUAUGAUGGGUCUGGGGAUCCGAUCUCGUAUGUAGAGGUAUUCGAAGGAAAAAUGGAUUUUUUGGCAGUAAGUGACGCUAUGAAAUGUGGAGCAUUCCAGAUAACGCUGGAAGGCUCGACUAGACUAUGGUACCGACAGUUGAAGUUGAGGUCAAUCGACAGCUAUCAACAGCUGAGAAGGUUAUUCAUCAAUCAGUUCUCAACCAGGCAGUUUUUGAAGUUGCCGCUCUCUCACCUCGGAACAGUGAAGCAACGGGACAAUGAGUCCUUUACGGUGUACAUCGCUCGGUUCAUGGACGAGCAUGUCAAGGUGGUGAGUUGUACUGACGAYAUUGCCAUGAUGUACUUCACAACGGGGUUGAACGACAGAAACUUGACAAUCGAGUUCGGAAGCUACCAGCCGGCCUAUCUAAACGAAAUGUUUGCUCGAGCUCGCCAGUAUAUUGACGGCCUAGAGCUGUGGAAUGCCGACGGAGCAGACGAAGUAGCCGCGGUAGAGACUGGGACCACAAGUCUCCACCCUCCAAGAAGCGGCGCGGUGAUGAUCGAAAUUCAUCUUGGCGAGUUGAUGACGACAAGAAUAAAGGUCGGCAUGAGGAAAGGGUCAUUUCAGAUCGUCGCGGGCCAAACCUUGGAAAAGCUCCGCCGACCAUCGGGAAAGCGAGACAAGCGACUCUACUGCCGAUUCCACAAGGAUCCUGGCCAUGAUACCUCCCGUUGCUUCCAUUUAAAGGAGCAAGUCGAGGAUUUGAUUCGGAGGGGUUAUUUGAAGAAAUAUGUUGGCAACAUAGAGCGAGCAUUGCCGGAAGAAUCGGCUUGGGAAGAGAAGCGAGAAAGGUCACAGUCGCCCAAACGAAGAGAGGAUCGCUACCAUUCAUGGGGUCCGAGUGGGGGGCAAUCGGGGCAGAAACACCGGGGACGGGUAAAGCCAUGCGAAGUAGCAGGGAGCAUUGAGCAAUGGGGCGGAUGA